AUGGCGGGAGGCCCAAGGAACGCCAUAGUCGGUCGCCGUCGCCUCCUCUCCUCCUCCGUCUCUCUCCUCUCUGGCCUCGGCGUCCGCCUCAGCGGAUCCACGGCGCCGCCGCCGCUCCACGGAGGCGGCGGAGGAGGAAGGGUGGAUCCCGUCAGGUCUGUGGGAACUCUAGCGUACGAGGAGGUCAGCGCGUCGUCCGAUGGCGUCGCUCCGGCCUCUACUGCCCUUUUGCUCCACGGUCUUCUCGGCUCCAGUCGGAACUGGCGGACAUUUGCCCGCAACCUCGCCGAGGGGCUCACCAGCUCCUCCCCUACAGGUCGGUAUAUCGCGAUCGGGGAAUCUUUGUCUGUCGUUUUGAUUCGGUAAGCGGUAGAGCGUGAAACUUCUUGCCUAUCCGAUGAAGAGCUUUAUCAGCUGUCGUGGUAGCUGCUGUUGGGAGACUCAUUCCUGGUUGUUGUUUCGAGUUUCCGGAUCGGAGUUGAACGCUUUUCAUUGGCAUAGAUGAGUAACUAAAAGAGUGGGGAUUCUGCUUCCGUCUCAGACGUUAUUUAAAAGUUGGAUCAGAUCAUACUAGGACCCUGUUUUGGUGCACCCUCCCUAGAAUCGAUCCUUAGGUCCGUUUUGCUCAGACUGGGGUCUGACUUUGCUUUCAGUUGACGGUGACUGCACCUGUCACUGGGAUUGGAUCAGCAACGCCUUGCAUUUACCUCGUCUCUGAAACUCUGCGCAACCAAAAGGAUUUGAAACUUUGAGUAUAGGUGACGGGCAUACACGAACACGCGAUCCUGGGAAAUCGGAUUAUGAUUCCUGAAGAGAAAAGAACGGUGCGUCGAUUAUCCCUCGCAAUUGUCAAGUUGUUUAGGGAAUAAACCCCACGGAAGGCUGUUUAAUGGGUCAUUGCUCCACACGUUAUUUAUUUGGAACGCAUAAAGUUGGGAUCCAAUGGUUUUGGAUUGUAAGCUUUCUCACAAAGGAAAAGUCGUUAAAUUUUGUCUCAUUGUCUCUUUGUACAUGGUACUACAGAGAGAUAAAGUCGGGUGAAGUCGAUUCCUUUUCUUUUCUUGGGAGGGAGGGGGGGAGCUGAUGGUGGCAAGAAAACCUAAACUACUAGAACUUUUAGAAAACUCGUUUUCCCUGCAAAAGUUAGAUACUUUCCGGCUAUAUUAUGUUGCAUAAGGAAAUAAAUGUCUGUUUGGCUCUUCUUCUGUGCAUGAUUUCUUUUAAAUUGAUUCAAGGUCAUAGGUCAUCUUUGUAGCUGCUGAACACAGGGUAGGUGCACCUCACUUCUAAUUCAUUGGAUUAUUGUCUAACACUCGGUUAGUUUAGAAUCAUCUUUCAUCUGCCCAGAAUCCAAGGACAUUUCAUCAUUCGUAGACUUUCCAUUUCUUGGCCUUUCUUGGAUGUAUCUGUAUAGUCGGGGCAUUUUAAGUAUCAUCUUCUAGUCUGCUUAAUGAUUAUUAUUUCAUGAAGAAAGAGUUUAUAAAUAAAGAGUUUCUUUUUUAUAUGCUUCUUGGAGUUGAACGAUUUCUUUUUUCAUUUCUAUAGAUAGAAGCAUUUUGACGUAAAUCUGCUGGGAUUGAAGACUUUAUUUUUCAUUUUCAGGAUGGAGAAUGGUUCUUGUGGAUUUGAGAAACCAUGGGAAAUCAGCUGGUACCAGAGGUCUGGACCCUCCUCAUGACUUGGUCAAUGCUGCUAGGGAUUUAGCCAAUCUGGUGAAAUCCCAUAACUGGACGUGGCCAGAUGUUGUGAUAGGCCAUUCCAUGGGUGGAAAAGUUGCUUUGGAAUUCGCUCGGAGCUGUGCUUGUGGUGAAUACGGAGUGUCUUCUGCCUUACCCAAGCAGGUAUCCUUUUAAUGAAAAAUGUGAUUCUAUGCUCAAUGUAGUAUGUUAUGUUAUUCCUCAGGUUGAUCUUUUUGAGCUUUAGUUUAAGCCCUGAUAAUAGCUGACUUGCAAGUGUAUGCUGCCUACUUGUGUUUCUCCCCUGCCCUUUAAUAUAAUGAAUGGUCUUAUUCUAGUCCAUUACAUGACUGAAUGAAUAAUCAUGAUGGCUUCAAACUGUUCUGCAUCCCGAUAUUAUACUGCCCCUCAUUGGUAACCAAAAUCACAUGGCCUGUGGAUGAACAAUACAUCAUUUUUCGGCAUAAAGUAACAAUUCAAAUGCUUCAUAUGCAAGUGAAAAUUGUGCUUUCCGCUCACGAGGCAUUAAAAGGAACCGUCAACUUGCUUGCUCACCUUUGCACGCUUCUCUCUUAAAAUUUUAUUCUCUACUCUUAAAUGUCGAAAUAUUAUCCCAUUUCCUAGAUGAGCGGCACCCGUUUUAACCUAUACAAAAACCAAUCUGUGGGAAAUAAACGAGUUUGAUCCCUAUUUCUACCAUCGUCCUCUCUCUUUUCCUUCUUUUUUUAUAAAUUUACGGCAUUCUGGAGUGCAGGUGCGUUUCCAUUGUCAUGAAUUGAGGAGGUUUCGAUGUUUGACAGCAGGUUCCUGUCGUUCCUUGUUGCAGAACAGUUGUGGGUGCUGGAUUCUGUCCCAGGAAAGGUGAAUGCCGAGGAUAGUGACGGUGAAGUCGAGAAGGUUCUGCGGACUUUGCACAGCCUCCCUCCACUGCUUCCGUCACGAAAGUAUGCUCUUCCCUGGUCGGAUGGGUCUCGAGAACAGUUUCUUUCUAUUAAUUUGCUUCAGAUUUCAUCAAAGAUUGCCGAAUAAACCACUGAAGGGAUUGGUAGUGAUGACUGAUGCCUCGGCUAUGGCAGUUGCUCUCAUUCUCCGGGCUUCUCCAUGGGCCCUAACACAAACCCCCCAAGCCCAUUUCAUGCGUGAAUGUGGAUGAUGUGUGGUCCCCUCCUGACCUAUUUAUUUUCUCUUGUUCUUGCUACUACUGUGAUCUUUCAUCUGCAUCUUCUCCGACCUUGUGGCCCUUUGUAGCCAGUUUCAGAGCCCAGUCUGAGCUCGCACUGAUUCAUACUUUCAGGUGGGUUGUCGACCACAUGCUCCAGCUAGGGUUUUCCAGGUCUCUCUCGGAGUGGAUCGCCAGCAAUCUCAAGAAGGAUGGGGAGCACUUGACCUGGGCUUUUGAUCUUCAAGCUGCCAUCGACAUGUUCGACUCCUACAGGUAAAAUCCAUCUCUCUCUCUCUCUCUCUCUCUCUCUCUCUCUCUCUCUAUAGAGAGAGGGGUCAAAAUGUGGGCUUUUCUCAGGGCCCGGCCCGGGCAGUGUAGGAAGAUUUGUGGGCUUUCCUCUUAUAGGUGGAAAAGGCUAGAUUUUUCCUAAAGAUAGCAAAGAAUCUAAUCGGUUGAAAUUUACAGGGAGAGGAGCUACUGGACUCUACUGGAGCAUCCGCCUGGAGGACUGGAGAUAGAGAUGGUAUGUGCGGAGAACAGCGACAGGUGGUCUCCCCAGGUCAACGCCAGGCUGGAGAAGCUGGCCCACCCGCAGCGAGAUGGCGGCGGCGUGGAGGGGAAGACCACGGUCCACGUCCUCCCAAGGUCCGGUCACUGGGUUCACGUGGACAAUCCCAAGGGGCUCCUAGAGAUCAUGGUGCCCAGAUUCUUCGUCAAGGCUUAA